UCACAAUUAGGAGAAGCACUCCUCACUUGUGAAAAAUAAUCUGGUGAAAAGGUCCCUCUGCCUCUCUAAAGAACCUAAGGAGACGUGUUGUGUGGAUGAUGAAGUGGCAAUUUUUUCUGUUUGGGACAGCCAUCCUUGGAGUAGCAUUGCCCGGUGCAUAUUCCGUGAAUGACAUCACAGUGCAGCCAGGACCAGUACGAGUGAAGCAAGGACAAGAUAUCAGUCUGUGGUGUAAACUGAAAUACGUCCCUAAACGACAGGUGCCAGUUAACUGGCAGUCGCCCCCAACUUUCAAAACAAGAACUAGCGAUUGUCUUUGUUAUGGUAAUUCGAAGGAGAAAUAUGCCAUGUCAUGUUCAAACCCUAACGACCAUUUUCGGUUUUAUAAUAUGACAAUAAGGGGUGUCGAAUGGGUCGAUAAUGGGAGGUAUUGUUGUCGGUAUAUCAACGAUAAAGAUACUGUGGAUUUACAGGUUUUGGUUCCGGUUACAAAUGUGACACUAGAAAAAGGCGUCCCCAAGUCUGCUACAGAUCCACAGCGCUUGUAUGAGAACUUCACCUGCACCACAAACUGUGCAUCACCAGCACCCAAGAUAUCAUGGUUUGUAAAUGACCAACACUUUAAUGGCAACGCGACGGUGAGAGAGUUGGACUGCUCAGGGGCCAAGGAGGGCCAGAAACGGACUGAGAGCAGAGUGACCAUAAUUAGUACAGACAUGGAUAAGGAGAGAAAAGAGUAUAACAUUUCAUGUACGGCAGAAAACGUUCUUGGAGAGCCAAAGGUUUCUACGGUAAUAUCUGUCAAUAAUGAUGCACUGACUGGUAUUUAUUCCCGGACUGAUAUCACAGUGCAGCCAGGACCAGUCAAAGUGAUACAAGGACACAGCGUCAGUUUGUGCUGUGAACUGAAAUAUGACCCUGAUAAUGUAUUGCCGGUACUCUGGCAGUCGCCGCCUAAUUUCAAAAGAAGAACAGUCGAUUGCUAUUCUUCUCUAAAGGAUAAAUAUGUCAUGUCAUGUUCAGACACUAACGACGAUGUUGAGUAUUACAAUAUGACAAUAAUGGAUGUCCAAUGGGGCGAUAAUGGGACAUAUCGGUGUCUGUAUUCCAAACAUAUGGACCUUGUGGACUUACAGGUUUUGGUUCCGGUUACAGAUGUGUCAUUAAAAAAAAUUGUCAGUCCGAGCACAGCUGAAGAGCCCCAGGGCUAUGAGCACUUAACCUGCAAAACAAACUGUGCAUUUCCGGCACCCAAGAUUUCAUGGUUUGUAAAUGAUCAACCCUUUAAUGGCAACGCUACGGUGAGAGAGUUGGACUGCUCAGGGGCCAAGGAGGGCCAGAAACAGACUAUGAGCACAGUGUUAGUAAUGAGUACAGACAUGAAUAAGGAGAGAAAAGAACAUGUCAUUUCCUGUACGGCAGAAAACGUUCUUGGAGAGCCAAAGGUUUCUAAGGCAAUAUCUGUCAAUAAUGAUGCACUGACUAGUAUUUAUUCCCAGACUGAUAUCACAGUACAGCCAGGACCAGUCAAAGUGAUACAAGGACACAGCGUCAGUUUGUGGUGUAAACUGAAAUAUGACCCUGAUAAUGUAUUGCCGGUACUCUGGCAUUCGCCGCCUAAUUUCAAAACAAGAACAGUCAAUUGUGAUUCUUUUGUAAAGGAUAAAUAUGUCAUGUCAUGUUCAGACACUAACGAUGAUGUUGAGUAUUACAAUAUGACAAUAAUGGAUGUCCAAUGGGGCGAUAAUGGGACAUAUUGGUGUCUGUAUUCCAAACAUAUGGACCAUGUGGACUUACAGGUUUUGGUUCCGGUUACAGAUGUGUCAUUAAAAAAAAUUGUCAGUCCGAGCACAGCUGAAGAGCCCCAGCGCUAUGAGUACUUAACCUGCAAAACAAACUGUGCAUUUCCGGCACCGAAGAUUUCAUGGUUUGUAAAUGAUCAACCCUUCAAUGGCAAGACAAUGGUCAACGAGUCAGACUGCUCAGGGGCCAAGGACGGCCAGAAACAGACUAUGAGCACAUUGUUAGUAGUGAGCACAGACAUGGAUGAGGAGAGAAAAGAAUAUGUCAUUUCCUGUACGGCAGAAAACGUUAUUGGAGAGCCAAAGGUUUCUAAGGCAAUAUCUGUCAAUAAUGUUGCACUGACUAGUAUUUAUUCCCGAACUGAUAUCACAGUGCAGCCAGGACCAGUCAAAGUGAUACAAGGACACAGCGUCAGUUUAUGGUGUAAACUGAAAUAUGACCCUGAUAAUGUAUUGCCGGUAGUCUGGCAUUCGCCGCCUAAUUUCAAAACAAGAACAGUCGAUUGUGAUUCUUUUGUAAAGAAUAAAUAUGUCAUGGCAUGUUCAGACACUAGCAACGCUUUUGAGUAUUAUAAUAUGACAAUAAUGGAUGUCCAAUGGGCCGAUAAUGGGAUAUAUCGGUGUCUGUAUACCAAACAUAUGGACAUAGUGGAUUUACAGGUUUUGGUUCCUGUUACAGAUGUGACAUUAGAAAAAAUCGUCAGUCUGAGCACAGCGGAAGAGCCCCAGCGCAAUGAGUACUUAACCUGCAAAACAAACUGUGCAUUUCCGGCACCGAAGAUUUCAUGGUUUGUAAAUGACCAACCCUUUCAUGGCACCGUGUCAGUCACAGAGUUGGACUGCUCAGGGGCCAAGAAGGGCCAGAAACGGACUGAGAGCAGAGUGAGAGUAGUUAGCCCAGACAUGGAUAAGGAGAGAAAAGAAUAUGACAUUUCCUGUACGGCAGAAAAUGUUAUUGGAGAGCCAAAGGUUUCUAAGGCAAUAGCUGUCAAUAAUGUUGUAAACCCAGGUCCACCUCAGCGCAAAACGGAUGAAAUUGCUUCAGCAGCCGCGACAACUGCACUAUCUCCUAGGCUUGUCACAGCUGUCAUCAUAAUUGUUGUGCUCGAAAAAUAUUGUCAACAGCUUAUCAGAGAGCAUUAACAGUGGCAGUCCAACAUGCGGAGACAAACCCACAGUUACUGCUGAUAUCAACCACACCCCAGAGAAUUUGGCUACAAACAACAUCGCUAAUCGCAACUUCAGUAGAGAGAAAUAUUUAUCUCUCAUCUCAAAUGUUGUUGUUUGGAAGGUAAUAACAAAAAUCUGAUUGUCAGCUCAUAACUUUUAACUUCGAUAUUGAAACUGGACGACAGAAGAAUAUACAGCGGUCCUUUAGAUAUGUAACACCCAGAAUGUUGGGGAUGAACUUCAUGUGUUAUACACAUAUACCAAUAAUAAUGUUGUACGAAUUAGACAGGUAGCCAAGGAUGAAACAAGUAAAGUCACUCAUACUAUAGAUCCAUGCACUUGAUUGGAAACACGUCGCGUCUCGUCACGUUACAGUAAUGUAAAAUGAUAUAAAAAUAGAUAUAAGGCCUGAGUAACUCCAAAAAUAAACUUCUCAAUUUUUCUGCAUAUCAAAGCAGGACAGCGCAGUGAUGCCUUAAAAAAGCAUUAUUUUUUUCAUACAUACCAAUCAGGUCUUAUAUAUUGUGAAAAUUUAUUGAUACAGAUAAGAAUAUUGUAAAGAGUCAUUGCGUGAAAUUCAUGCCAUUGUGUCAAAUACUAAGACCAAUGAAGGUUCAGAAACUGACCAAAAUAACAGUGACUUUUGGUUUAGUUGAAUAUCGUAAAUUGUAAUGAUAAUCUCCCGUCCAAUACUGUGAUUAAACUGUAAAUAGCAUAAAAUAAGUUUCCUCCCCAGAAGAGAAAUGCAGUCCGUCCAGGUAUUAGGCUUAGAGGAAUUUCUGCUGGUAGUAGGAUCUUACUGUCACAUGCAUAUUGUAGAAUAAUUACAAAAUUUUAAUACAAAGCAUUUUAAUCUCAGGUGCCCUUAUGGUUUAAUUUAUGCACUUUGUAUUAGCAUAAACAAUAAAUUCUGUGAUAUUUUAUACUUCACUGUGAUUCUUUCAAAAAGCUGGACAAGGAAAGAGCAGAAGAUGUGUUUUGAAAUGUCAAGUAUUAAAUCCUUUAUAUGAUUGAAAUUACUGUCUGUCAACUAUGAUAUCGUAAUGAACAGUCCUUCAUCACCCUUCUAUAGAAUACUGAAGAAAGGACGCGGGUGGGGGGGGGGGGGGGGGUUUGGAUACAUAUGUUUGAUACCAUUGUGAGGCCCAAACUACCAUAUGGCUCUGAACUUGUCAUAUUGUGCCUAUUGGUUCCUAUCUGUUUAGGAAGCAAAGUAUUAAGGACACUAUACUGAAGUCUUUACAAAAAGUAAGGUUAGACCACGGACUUGUUCAUCUCAGAACAAACAGAUACUUGUUGUUAGAAGAAAAACUUCCAAUAGCGGUGUAUAAGUGAGAUUGGUCGAAUAUCAUUGUUGUUUAAUACAUUUGUAAUAAUUCUUAAAUAUAUCCAACAUGUAGUGAAAGAUAAUAACCAACAUGCCAAACUUAUCUUCAGGAAUUUAUUCCAAUCCUUCAGGCAUUUAUUAACUGUCUUAUACUCAACAUUAUUGCGAUGUAUUUUAAUGUAUUGUAAUGUUGUUUAAAUGUUUUGUUUAUUGCUUUCAAACCUGAUGGUCAUGAAAGGUAUAAUAAAUACAGAUUAUUAUUA